AUGUACCUUUUAUAUGCUGGCCGGGUAGACCUGGCCUCCGUUACCUCGGGAUGGGUAUCAUAUAAGGAGCAAGCCGUGGCUAAUCAGACUUCCGUAUCUGAAUUUCUGCUCCUGCAAUUCUCAGAGGAUCGGGAACUGCAGAUUCUACACUUUGUUGUAUUCCUGGUCAUGUACUUGGCAACAGUCACAGGGAACCUUCUCAUCAUCACUGCAGUAGCCUUUGACCGUCACCUGCAUACGCCCAUGUACCUCUUUCUGAUGAACCUGGCCAUGCAGGACCUUGGUCAAGUUACAGUCAUUAUCCCCCAAAUGAUAAUGAAUUCCCUCAUGAAUACCCGACAUAUUUCUUUUUCUGGAUGUGUGGCUCAAGUCCUCUUCUUUUUGUUCUUUUCAGCAUCUGAUUUGUCUCUCCUGACAGUCAUGGCAUACGAUCGGUAUGUUGCCAUUUGCAAUCCAUUACAAUAUGAAAUGGUGAUGAACAGACAAACUUGCAUUCAAAUGGUUGCCAGUGUGUGGGUCACUGGUCUUUUCUAUGGAGUGCUACAUGCUGGAGGGACCUUUGCAAGCCCUUUUUGUUCCAAUGUUGUCAAUCAGUUUUUCUGUGAAAUCCCUCAGUUACUGAAGCUUACCUGCUCUGACUUAUAUCUAAUUGAAAUUAAUGUUGUGGCCUUGAGUGCUGUUGCUGGUCUUGGCUGUUUUAUCUUCAUCCUUGUAACCUAUGUAUACAUCUUCUCAACCGUGCUGAGGAUGCCCUCUGUGCAAGGAAGGCAAAAGGCUUUUUCUACCUGCCUUCCCCACCUUACAGUGGUCUCCAUCUUUCUAUUUACAGGAUGCUUUGCCUAUUUAAAGCCCACGUCAAACAUCCCAUCCCAUCUGGAUGUGGCAUUUUCUAUGAUCUAUUCCAUGGUUCCACCCAUGAUGAAUCCACUAAUCUAUAGCAUGAGAAGUAAAGAAAUCCAAGUCUCCCUGUCCAAACUGUUAGGUUUGAGGCACACAUCUAAGACUAUAAUCUUUAACAUUCUUCUAUGA